AGCUUGUAUCAUGUGAUGGGCGAAUCCCGGAAUCUCGGUUAUGCAAGGCGGAAGUAAGGACUGGGUUAUUUGCUAAACUGAAAAGUGUCCGAAAUAGAAAACACAAGAAACAUAUAGCAUUGGGGAAUCAUACUUCUACGACUUAUGUCUGUUUUCUGCUUUUGAUUCCAGGUUCCAGAUAUCUGCUUCUACUACCCUUGCUGUGGCCUCCAAAACCUACCAACAACUUUUCAAAAAACUUCAACCACCUCCACCAGUGCUGCCUAACUUUUUGUGGCCCAGUCCAGGCACCUCUUACCCAGGGUAGCCUCCUCUCAGCUCCAUGGCGGGUCGUGGAGGACCAGCGAGACCCAACGGUCCAGCAGCUGGAAACAAAAUCUGCCAGUUCAAGUUGGUGCUUCUAGGGGAAUCAGCUGUGGGGAAAUCCAGUCUGGUUCUGCGCUUUGUCAAGGGCCAGUUUCACGAAUAUCAGGAGAGCACUAUUGGAGCUGCCUUUCUCACACAGACGGUCUGCUUGGACGACACGACAGUCAAGUUUGAGAUUUGGGACACGGCUGGACAAGAGCGCUACCACAGUCUGGCGCCCAUGUACUACAGAGGAGCCCAGGCGGCCAUUGUGGUCUAUGACAUUACUAACACAGAUACUUUCACACGAGCAAAGAACUGGGUGAAGGAGCUGCAGAGGCAAGCCAGUCCCAACAUAGUGAUCGCUCUGGCUGGCAAUAAGGCAGACAUAGCUAACAAAAGAGCCAUUGACCAACAGGAAGCACAAGCGUACGCUGAUGAUAACAGCUUACUCUUCAUGGAAACCUCAGCCAAGACUGCCAUGAACGUGAACGAAAUCUUCAUGGCCAUAGCCAAGAAGCUGCCCAAGAACGAGCCACAAGGUGGAGCUGGAACAGGGGGCCGGACCAGACCUGGGGUGGACCUACAAGAACCUGCCCCCCAGGGUCGCAGUGGCCAAUGCUGUGGUGGGAGCAACUAGCCAAUGGAAAUGAACUUACCGAGCGAGCCCUGAACAACAUUGUCAGGAUGACAACCAAUUAGAGCCCAGCGAGGGCCGGAGACCGGAACCACUUAGCCCUCCGCACUUAAACUGAGAUUACAGAUGAGAUUUUAUCUUCCCCUUUGAUUGAAAGGAGUGUUUAAAAAAAAAAAAAUCAUAAGCUACCACAGCCCUCUCUUAUUUUUUUUCAUGUUCUUCUCUCUAUAUAUCUCUCUAUAUCUCUCUCUCUAUAUCUCUCUCUUUAUAUCUCUCUCCCUAUAUCUCUCUUUUUAUAUCACUCUCUCUUCCCCUCACUUCUUUGAAUCUUCUUCUCCCAUACGCAACCUAUUUGUGUUAUUUAAUUCAAAUAUUACCUGGAUUAUGUCAAUGCUCUUGAGGAGUGUUGGCGAUUUCUGUAACCUUCUUCGUGUCCAGGUGAUGGGUGCAUGCUACAUUUUCUUUAUUUUCUACCCCACUCCGAUCUUUUCCUUCCCUGUUGAUCUUCCUCAUCUGGAAACCCCAAAAAGAUCCUCAAAGGGGAAAAUGUGUCUUAACACCUCCCAGUUCUCUCUCUCUCUCUCUGUCUCCAUUUUUGUAAAUUAAUAACAGCCUUCAUUGCAAAGACCCUCAGUUUUUUCCUGGUCAGGAAAGAUGGUCAGGAAAACCACAUGGGCCUUUGGUAAAGCCACUGUUGUGGCGCAGUAGUGUAUAAUUUCAUUGGAUACACCUAAUGUGAUAUCUCUGAUCUGUGCAUCAAAUUUAAUUAUGUACCCAAUGUGCAUUAACACCUAUGACAUCAGUCAUUUUUAGCAUCAUGUGUUUUUUUUUGAAUCUGUAAAGUAAAUGUGAAAAUAAAUUCUAAGGCCAGAAGAAAAAGUUUGUAUGUGGUGAAAAUAAUUGUCCAGAUGUAGAUUUAUGAGUUCAGAUUGGAUUAUAUAUAAAUACUUUUCAUGAAUAAUUAGCAGAAUAGGGCGUACCGAUGAUACUAAUACAAUUUUAUUAGGAAGUGCAGCUAUUGUGUGAAAACAUGGUCAAUAAUAGUAUUACAUACAUUUUACGUUUACAUAAAAUUACAUUCCAGUGACAUUAAAUUUAAAGUAUCCCAAAAAGAAAAAUCCUCAGAUUUUUUUUUUAAACUUUCAUUGGCUUGCUGUUUCUGCUUUGUGAAGAACCCCUACAGUGGUCCAUUAAGUAACUCCACCAACCAAUCUACAAAGGGAUAGUAUACACAUCAAAAUAAGGGGCACAUCACGUCACAUGACAAUCCUCAAUCUUCUGUUUAUUUGUGUUUUGCUUAAAUAGUUCUGUGGGUUGAAAUUAUUUUACCAUAUCUGACAUUGUCUCUAAAUGGCCUUUUGACUUGUCUUCUGGAAUCCCCAAGACUGCACAUCAUCUCUUUGUUAAAGUAUAAAUGUUGGGGGAAUGUCCCUGUACUUAAUGUAAGUCGCUCUGGAUAAGAGUGUCUGCUUAAUUAAUAAAUGAAAUGUAUAAUAA